CUCCUGAUCGCUCGCCGGAGGAGAACCAGCUGUUACUUCUACCCCCGUGCUUGGCCCAGUGUCAGGAGCGCGGACUGGUGGGAGCGGGUGGUCCUGAAAGAGUUUGGACCCCAGGACUGGCUGGAGAAGUUUCGGAUGUCCAAGGAGACCUUCUUCUAUGUCUGCAACCAGCUGCGGCCUGGGCUGGCUCCGCACAGCACCCACUUCCACCCCACCCUGCCCCUGGAGAAGAGGGUAGCCGUGGCCCUGUGGCACUUGGCCACCAACGUGGAAUACCAGACUCUCAGCCCGCUGUUUGGCGUGGGGCCCUCCACGGUGCAGAUGUGUGUCCGGGAGGUGAGCUAUGCCAUCGUCUUGCUGCUGAAGCCCCUCUACCUCCGACUGCCCAACGAGAAGGAGCUGGAGAACAUGGUGCGCAUCUUCCGCACCCGCUGGGGCUUCCCGCACUGCAUCGGUGCCCUGGACAGCCUUCAUAUCCCCAUCCACCCACCCCUGCGCCUCAGCGCCGACUACUGCAACGGCCAGGGCUGGCACUCCAUCCUGACGCAGGCCACUGUGGACGGGCUGGGUCAGUUCUGGGAUGUCUCCACCGCCUUCCCUGGCAGCAUGGAGAACAGCGCAGUCCUGGAGAGCUCCAGCCUGUGGGUGCUGGCCAAGGAGGGCAGGCUGUGUCCCAACCCUCCCAAGCACUUCAUGGGGAAGGCGCAGAAGUAUGUGCUGCUGGGUGAUGCCACCUACCCCUUGCAAGACUGGAUCCUCAAGCCCUACCAGGAGGACGAGAAUCUCACCCAGCGGCAGCUGCAGUUCAACUACCGCCUGAAGCGAGCGCACAGCGUGAUCGAGAACGCCUUCCUGCGCCUGAAGGCGCGCUGGCAGAUCCUCCUGAAGUGCGAUGACUGCAGCCUGGAGCUGCUGCCCACCCUCGUCCUUGCCUGCUGCAUCCUGCACAAC